ACUUGUCUUCUGUGUGAAAUAUAUUUGCAAUUUUGACUUCAUCUUCAAUGACCCUCACGGUUUUAUAUAACAUUGCUCGACUACAAGAAUCCGAGAUAAACAAAACCAAAGUGGGAGUGAGAAACUGGAAAAGUACGGAACAAAAGACUCAAACCAUGGUUUACAAGCUUGAACUUCCUCUGUUUGUGUUUGUGUCUCUCUUCUUGUUCACCAGGGUAAGCAGUGGGGAUGUUAGUCUCACCUACAAUGGCUUCGGAUCGGCCAAUUUAAGCCUUGACGGAUUAGCCCAGGUCACCUCCAAUGGCCUUCUGCUGCUCACCAAUUGGACUGAACAACAGACGGGUCAUGCGUUUUACCCAAAUCCAGUAGCCUUCAAGAACUCCACAAAUGGCACCGUUUUGUCCUUCUCCACUACCUUUGUUUUCGCUAUUAUUCCACGAUACCCUAAUCUGGGUGGGCAUGGAAUUGCUUUUGUGAUUGCGCCAACAAGGGACCUGCCAGGGGUUCUUCCAAGCACGUACCUUGGCCUCUUCAACGAGAACAAUAACGGGAAUUACUCCAACCACGUUUUGGCUGUAGAGCUUGACACGAUUUUUAGCAGUGAAUUUCGUGAUAUCAAUAACAACCAUGCUGGAAUUGAUAUCAAUGGGUUGGAAUCUGCAGCAGCAGAACCAGCAGGAUAUUAUGAUAACAAAACGGGUCGAUUUAUCAAUUUGACCCUGAUCAGUACGAGAAGGAUGCAAGUUUGGGUGGAUUAUGAUGGUGAAAAGAAGCGGAUCAGUGUCACUUUAGCUCCAUUUAAGGUUGGGAAACCCAAGACUCCAUUGGUGUCUCUGACUCGUGAUUUGUCGGCAGUUUUGCACGACGAGAUGUAUGUUGGAUUCUCAUCAUCAACUGGGUCGAUGUCGACAUCUCACUAUGUUUUGGGUUGGAGUUUUAAAUUGAAUGGCCAAGCUGAAGAUCUCGAUCUCUCUCAGCUUCCCAUGCUUCCUAGAAUUGGAGGUAAGAAAACAUCCAAGGUUUUAACGAUUGGGUUACCUGUGAUUUUAAUUAGUUUGGUUUCAGUAGCAAUAUCAAGUACGAUUUAUGUCAUAAGAAGGAAGAGAAAGUUUGCAGAGGAGCUUGAAGAUUGGGAGCUUGAUUAUGGGCCUCAUAGAUUCAAAUUCAAAGACUUGUAUAUUGCCACAAAUGGAUUUAGGGACGAGGAGUUACUGGGGUCUGGAGGAUUUGGCAGGGUCUAUAAAGGUGUAUUGCCAACCACAAAAAUUGAGAUUGCUGUGAAAAGGGUCUCCCAUGAAUCAAGACAGGGCAUGAGAGAAUUUGUAGCAGAAAUUGUAAGCAUUGGUCGGCUUCGCCACCGGAAUAUAGUGACCCUCUUGGGUUAUUGCCGGAGAAGAGGAGAGCUGCUUCUGGUAUAUGAUUGCAUGCCCAAUGGAAGCUUAGACAAGUACCUUUACGACCAACCAAAAGUGACCCUGAAUUGGAAUCAGAGAUUUAAAAUCAUCAAAGGUGUAGCAGCUGGCCUGUUCUAUCUCCACGAGGAGUGGGAGCAAGUUGUGAUUCACAGAGAUGUCAAGGCAAGCAAUGUCCUUUUAGAUGGUGAAUUGAACGGAAGAUUAGGAGACUUUGGUCUAGCAAGAUUAUAUGAUCAUGGAACAGACCCUCAAACAACCCAUGUUUCUGGAACACUUGGGUAUCUAGCACCAGAGCAUACUCGAACAGGGAAGGCCACAACAAGCACUGAUGUGUUCGCCUUUGGUGCGUUUUUGCUUGAAGUUGCUUGUGGAAGACGGCCAAUUGAACCAAGAGCACCAACGGAGGAAUUAAUCUUGGUUGAUUGGGUUUUCUCGUAUUGGAUUAGGGGUGAAGUUAUUGAGGCCAGAGACCCAAAUCUUGGCACAGAUUAUGUAGCGGAGGAAGUGGAGAUGGUGUUAAGACUUGGGUUGCUGUGCUCACAUUCAGACCCAUUUGCAAGGCCAAGUAUGCGACAAGUGGUGCAAUACUUGGAAGGAGAUGCCACGUUACCUUAUUUGUCAUAUAUUGGUCGUUCUCGAAGUGGUUUUGAUAAUUUCGCCAUGUCCUAUCCGUCUUCCUCAAGUAAAUCCUACGCACAGUUAUCUUCGGUUGCAGCAUCGCUUCUCUCAGGCGGCCGAUGAUCUGUUCUUAUUUUCUUCUUUUUCUAUGGGUUCUUUUUUCUUCUUUUUUUUAAUAACAGUAUGUAGCUCAAAAAGGAUUAAUUAGCAAUAUGUUAAUUUCAAUAGAUUCACUCUAAUGUCCAGUAGAUUUGGUAUUUUGUGGUGGCGAUGACAUCUGUUUUAUGGUAACUCUAAUCAAGUUUGUGAAGGAUUGUCUCAAGGCUGUAACACAUGCUCCUUUCUUUGGCGAGGUUCUAAGGCGGCACCUCAUCAUGCAACGGAUGUUCCAAGGCUCUUGCUUGCCUCUCAAAAAGUAUUUUAUC